UAGUCAACGCCUUGUAUGCGGCUGUGAGAGUUAUCUGAACCGCAGGCUGAGACUAACGGAACGGUGACAGGCCAGCUGCUUUACCCGCUGUAUUCUCACUCUGUUCCGGCUGUUUGUGUGUGAAAGACCGGAGUAAUGGCUUCCCGCUCUCUGUGGUCCCUCGUGCUGCUCCUCGCGCUGCUGCUCCCUCUGGAAGUAGUCCUUUCUCAGGACUUCGACCUAGCUGAUGCUUUGGGUGAUGGCACAAGUAAACCAUCACCGACCCCCGCCUCGAAGCCAGCGGCACCAGCUGCACCAGCUGGAGGAGCAGAGGCAGGAGCAGGUUUUGAUUCAAUUGGUGACAUCACCACCAUUACCACCAAAGCCCCCUCCAAGGCAGUAACCAAGGCCCCGUUCAAGCCCAAACCCAAGCCAGGUGAGAGAAUCCUCAGCUUCCCUUCUCAGGCCGGAAACUCUACUGCAGAGGACCAGGUUUUCAUAAAAAGCCUUAAAGGUGGGGUAGAUAGGUUUCCGAAACCGCAAUGA